GGUCAGAAUCAUUCCAGCUACGGUUCAAUCGACAGCAAAUCAACUCGUGCUACGAUUUGCAUCCUUAAUAAGAGGACGCAAUCUGCCUUCUGGCAGAAACGUCGAUAUUUCGAUUGAGCACAAAUUUAGAACUGAAACCCCCAGCGGUAUUUGAGUAGCGAGGAGAACAUCUGAUAUUUGAUUUCUGAGCGGAAGCAGAUAUAUCGUUGUAUGAUGUAGAGUACUCCGCCGAAUAACGGAGUCGCACCAGGAUCAUAUCGGUUCAACAUUCGAUCCCUCGCGAGAAAAGCUGUUCACCGGGAAGAUCGCAGAGAAGGAAGGAUUUAUCAUCUUGAAUCCUACACCCGACCAUUCCAAAUUAUCAAUGGCGCCGAUCGAUCCAGGACAGCUACUGAAAGCGUUGUCGCCAUUGCUCUCGGAAGAUGGCGGCAUCAAAGACGCUGAUGAGGUUUCGAGACUCUCUAGUCUAAUGAAGCGUUUCUCACGGAAACUUGUCAGUCGUUGUAUAUAUUGUUGUGUACUCAGAGCGACAUCACCACAGAUACUCGAUAUUUAUCUUGAUCAGGAUGGAUGGGGGACAUUAUUAUUGUGGAUAGACGAAGCAAAAGACAACCCUUCAUUUUUGAAGGAACUCAUCGGUUUACUCGACAGACUCCCUAUGACCAUCGAUCGCCUCAAAUCGAAUUCGAUAGCGAAGAUCGUCAAGGGUUUAGCAAAGCACGACGAUGCAGAACUUGCGCAAAAAGCAGACGCCCUCGUCACAAAGUGGAUGAAGCUGGUUAAGAACAACGAUGACACAAAAGACAAGGAUCGUGAGCGCCGAAAAGAACGCAAGGAUAAGGAGCGUAGCAAGAAGAGCAGCGAUGACAAGAAGAGCAGCGAUGACAAGAAAAAGGACGAGAAAGACCGCCACAAGCACAAAAGUUCAUCGAGGUCCGACAAAGAUAAAGAGCGAGAUAGGAAGGAAAGGAAGGACAGAGAUCGUAGAAAAGAGAAAGACAGCAGCUCGAAGGGCGAGAAACGCAAAGAGAGCGAUGACUCGGACAGAACCUCCAGCAAAAAGCUCAAGUCAUCAAGUGGUCUUGAAGCGACAGACGACAUGACAGACGUCAUACCUCCGAGACCUCCAACGCCACCUGAGCUUCGGAAGCCAAAAACUGAACGCCCCAAAACCGUCAAGGAAUUCGGAUCGAAGCUCCGAUUAGCAUCGUUCCUGGAAGACGACGCGAGCUCGGCAAAGCUACAGAAGAAGAAGCUUGCAAAACCCGCGGCAACUAGCUCGAGCACGCUCUCGAAACCCCCCGUUCCUCUUUCAAGUUUACGAAACCUCUCUGGUCCUAGCGGAGUUCGCGCUUCAAUCAUGAAUGCUCAUUUAAAUCAGACCGAACAGCAAGUGGGCAACAUAAAGCUCAUCGCACCCCCAAAGCCUGCUCAUCUCAUCAUGGAAAACGAAGGUUUCAUGAAUGCGUUGAACGCGUCCGCGCCAACUGAGAAGAGCACGCAGGCCGCCGGUAAGAAGAAGCGGAAGCUCAGCGAAGUAUCGUCGCCUCCUUCGAAGAAGCCCGGAGAAUUGAAGCGAGAAAAUAGCAAGGACGAGAGCGGUAACGAGGACAACGAACAGAGCUCAGACCAGGUUUUCGAGGCCGAGGAAAGCAGUACGAGCCCAGUCAAGACGAAAGAGGCCCCUCCUCAGCUUUCGUUCUAUAAAGACACCCUCGAGGACGAGGAAAACAGCUCAAACCGAAGAACGCUCAGAAGUCGCACACGGAAAGCAAUCAUCGAAGAAGAUAGUGAUAACGGAGAAAGCAAUGAAGAGCCUGCGGAGAAAGCCGCGAAAAUCGACGAGGCAUCUCAAGAGUCGACGUCGAGUGCUUCGCAAGACGAAGUCACCGAAAGCACAGAAACUAACCCAAAAGAAGGUAGCGCAGAACCUGAAGAAGAGGGGAUUCCUGUUGUUCUUCAGACUCUCGGAGAAGUUGUCAGCAAUCCUGCCGGCGUGAAGUCAAUCCUCACCAUCGUCACGAACCGGAAUCGAGUCAAGAAAUCCGUUCGGUGGAAGGAAGACGCCGAUCUGAAAACAUUCCAUUACUUUGAGCACGAUCCCAACGAGAGAAUCAAUGUCAACAAUAUCAAUCACAUGCAGCAGGGGAUCAAGGUGGACGGCAGCGUAGAUAUCAAAAUGAUUGAAAUGCGUAUGGAGCGUGAGCGUCUGAGAGCGCCGAACGAUCGAAUGGAGGAACAGCAGCAGUGGACAAUGCCGAGCUUGAUAGAAUUUGUCAAGGACAGACAGCCGUGUCUGAAGCCUCACGAAAUCGGCAAGAACUCGGAGAUGGCGAAAACCGAGGCGAUCCGACAAGCCACCGUCCUCGAGGUUCUCUACUUCAACCGAAGAAUGAUCCCUGAAUCGCCGACGGAACCCGACCCGGAGAAUCGACGAUCGUCGCUCGACUCGGCUGAAACGAAAAUGAUUCCGCUCGAAGACGUCGAUGCCACCCCCGCGGAGGAGCCGUGGUCAAGCCAGGAGACACCUGCUGCAUUGCCAGAAGCGCUUUCGAAUCUUCUGGCCAAUAUGUCCGCCCCACAGAUCGGCACUACACCUUUGGGGCCACCUGAAAUUCCGAUCAUCCCCCCGGAGCCUCAAUUCCCGAUGGUGGCUCCACUAGGUCCCCCGUUGGUUCCUCCAGACAUGGUUCCCCCAAUAUUCAUACCCACAGGUGGUCCGUCCGGACCCCAAAUCCCCCCUGUACAUAUCCCUCCCCCGCCCCGUAUGCACAUGAUGGACAACGAGGGAGGCCAUUGGGCACCGAUGGGUGGACCUGCCCCACCGCCUCAUAUGGUUAAUGAACGACGGAGAGGCCGCGGUGGUGCAAGAAACAACAUUCGCGGGCCACCCCGCACAUUGUGUAAAUUUUUCAAACAAGGACACUGUCGCUUCGGAGCUGGCUGUACUUUUCUGCAUCCGGGAGUCAAUGGUCCAGAGCAUCGAUGA